AUGCCAGGACACGAAAAACGGUUUCGGAAAUUCGCAUCGAUUGAGUAUAAGGGUGUAUUGUUUAUGACCCCAUCCGAUUUCAUCAAUUCAUUAACCAGAGAUGUGCCUGCACAGUAUCGUUUGAUUCCAAUAGGAGAACGAGAAUUGGAGGGAUUUCUCAAAAAAACACCGCCCAAAAAUAAGGUUUCGAACAAUCUGUUUCGCCAGAUUCGAGACGAAGGUGUCCUGUCCUAUUCGGAAUACUUGUUUCUCUUGCAAGUGCUAACCAAGCCUCAUUCGGGAUUUGAAAUAGCAUUCAAAAUGCUAGACACGGAUCUUAGUGGAUCAGUAGAUGCGCACGAGUUUGCAAAGUUGAAUCAUGUCAUAGCUCAAGCAGCCGUAGACAGUGGCCUUUCGAAAGACAAUGCCCCGUCUGAUUUGACACUGCCAACAAAUGAAGUAUUUCAUACAACAUUGAUGACUCAUCUGUUCGGUAAAAAUCAGGACUGUCCGUUAACUUAUCAGGAGUUUAUUCGAUUCAUGCACAAUGUCCAAACCGAAGCGCUUGAGGUGGAAUUUCGCAGCUACUCCAUGGGACUACCAUCCAUAUCCCCGGUGGAUUUCGCUCAAAUCAUCUUGCGUUACACCACUUUGUCUAAGGCUGAUCGUGAAUUUCGGGUUCAGCGUCUUCGCGAAAAAUUGGAAGGUCCGGUGGUAGGU